AUGAACUGUAAUGGUCUCCACACAACAGCCGAGGCGGGGACGACACAGAUGAUGGCUUCGACGAGUCUUCUCGCGGGUUUCCCAAACCCCAGCAAGGGCUACGUGCGCAAGGCAUACGUAGACACGCCGUCCGGGCAGCUUCAUUACCGAGCUGGCAGGCCGCCGUACGGCAUGGCCGAGCGUCACGAUGUACUGGUAUUCCUGCACAAGGUGGCCGCCUCGUCGGCCGCAUUCGAGGAGCUCAUGAUCCACUACGCCACGGAGGGCUUCACCAGCCUGGCCCCCGACAUGCCAGGGUUCGGUGCCUCGUUCGACCCAUCCGAAGAUGACAACUCCAUCAUCGCACGCGACGGCACCGCAUGGUACGUCAACGUUCUCGCCAGCGCCCUGCGCGCCAUCCUCAGCGGCGUCUCCUUCUCGGCCAUGACCCCACGCCCCAUCCACAUCCUGGGCCACCACGCCGGCGCCGCCCUCGCCAUCCAGCUCGCGGCGCAAUCUCCCUUAUCCGAUGCGCACCUUUCCGUCGUGUACCGACCGCCGCCGAGCGGCCUCAUGAUCAAGUCACUCUCGCUGCUCGGUCCGAGCAUCAUGUCGGCGGCGCAGCGCUCGAUCAUGAAGUCUCGCUUUCUCGACCCGUUCAACGAGCCCGCGGCCGACGGCUCGCACCUCGUCAAGACCUGGGACUACCUCCGCGAAAUGGGCGUGCUGGGGCCCCCACCGCUGCCGCCGAGCCCGUCCGCCAAGGACUUGGAGCUGCACCAUCGCGAGACGCUCGAUCACAUCCGGGCCUGGAAGGGGCGUACGCUGUUUUCAGGCGCGGUGUGGGAGCUCGAUCAGGAGACGCUCUUUCGCCAAGUCGGCUGCCCAGUCCUGGCGUUGUGCGCGACCGACGACUCGCUGUGGCCCUUUUUUGACAACGUGCGCGCCGUCGAGGGCGUCGAGACCCGCGUCGUUGGCGGAGGCAACUUCUCCACUGAUCGUGACGUCGACGGCGUCAUCAAGGCAUGGUCGGGGUUCUUGCACAAGGUGGGCGCGUUUGACAUCAUCGAGCCUGUCAAGAUGAAGAAUCAGGUCGUGGGGUAG